AUGGCCUUCUCCACCGGCCUGGGAGACCGCCAGGACGACUUGCGCUUCCGCAACCCCCAGUCCCCGCGUGACGACUCGUCGUUCCCGCCCAUCACAAGUCCCCUCCGCGGCGUCGGCAGCCAGUUGCAAGGCCACAAUGCCCAGCAGGUGAACGACGCCCGGGCUACCCUCCACCGUCGCUUCACCACGAAUACCGUGCCCACGCUGCAGAGCACCCCGUUGUCGCCAAUUGGCCAGCAGCGCCGCCAGGCCGCCGAGCCCGCCGAGUUCACCACCGCGACUUAUCAUAAGCUACAGGUUCUUGAAAAGAAGAAACUCGAGUUCGAAUACCUACGCGAACAACGUCGCCGAUUCGAAGCUGAAAUGGCUCUCUUCGAAAAUCGACUCAAGGCCGACACCGACGAGGUCAGCCGCGAGAUGGGUCGUUCCAGCUUCUCUGGCCAAGGCCACCAGUCCGAACCCACUACUCCCCCCGAGUUCCACGACCACGGCUUUCCUACCCAGUUCUCUCGCCCGGGUAGCAACCGCUUCUCUCUCAACUCGACCCUCAACGGAGCCCUGAACGGCUUCACUUCUCCCUCCGGAAUGGCCAACCGCCAGAGCCGUGCUGGUUCUGCCCAGACUACCGCGACUUCGACUAGUUCCCUGCUCCCCUCGAAGUCCAUGCCCGGCUCGCGACGCAACUCGGACGAGGAGAACGACGAUCGCUACGACAACAACCGCUACCUAGGCAUGAUGAGCCCGCCCCCUCGAUCCACCAAUCGUCUCUCCAUGCCUGUUACUUCGCAGGAACAGCGUCUUCAGGGAAACAUGCAGGCCGACCUGCCUGGCCUGAGCAAUGUCCUCGGACACGUCGACACGGCCAACUUCCUGUUCCGUGACGAGGACCGCCACGAUCGCAACGGCGGUCGCUCUGUGACCUCACCAGAGAGCACAUUCCUCCAGCAGAUGGAUACCGACCGGACCAAGUUCCCGAUUCUCCGCGGCGAGUCUGGCAAGUACGCUCUGGAUCUUGCAACUUCGCAGCAGUCUUCCUCGGAUGCUCACGACAAUGGCUGGAACCCGCCUGCUUCUUCGGUUCAUCGUCACCAUGCGCAGCUCAGCUUGCCAGUCAACACCUUCAGCAGGACCACUCAACCAGAGGAGUACGAGCUUGGCAACGGCGCUUUUGGCGAGGCUGCUCAGACCACUCCGAAGAAGUCUGGCAACCGCCACUCCAUGGAGGUCAAUUUCAGCCCGUACAGCACUGAGUCCAAGCGCUCCAACUUCCAGUCGGCCUCGACCAACGGCGCCUCGACCAACGGCGUUCCGAAGCUCCAGUCCUCGUACUCGGCCAAUGACGUUCCGACCCUGAAGAACGGCAACGGCACCAACGGCGUCUCCAACGGCCCCGCUGCUUUCAACACCCACGCUGAGCAGCACCUUCACAAUCACAACGCCAGCCUUGGUCGCCUUCCCAACCACCGCCAGAGCCAGGACUACGGCAACGGUCGCGCCCAGGAGCAAGAGUUGACUCUGCAGUCCCCGUACCGUCAGCAGGCUCGUUCGAACUUGCACGCUAGCGCUGCUCCCUUCAACGCUCCGAUCACUUCUUCCCCGAGCUUGUCCGCCAUGAGUGCCCUGAAUGGCAUCACCUCUCCGGUAUCGCAGUACAACACUCCCUCCACCUUUGGUGGCUACGGCAACUACAACAAUGGCACCAACGGUAUGGCUAGCGGCAUGGGCAUGCUCAACAUGGGCUUCCAGGGCAUGCAGCUUGGUGCUCCGCAGAUAAACUACCAGUCUGGCAUGUACCAGCAGGGUCCCUACAGCCAGUAUGGUCCUGGUCCUCAGUCUUACCAGCACCACUACGGUCCUCAAGGUCGCUUCCAGGAUUCUCAGGCUCGCGUCAUUCAGAGCCGUCGCAUGCAGAACGAUCAAAACCGCUUCGCCCACCUUGAUCUCAAGACUAUGUCUGGCCAGGAGAUCCACCAGCUUUGCAAGGACCAGCAUGGCUGCCGCUUCCUGCAGAAGCAGCUCGAGGGCAAGAACCCGGAGCACCUGGAGAUUAUCUUCCGCGAGACCAAUCCGUUUGUGAUUGAGCUGAUGACUGAUCCCUUCGGCAACUACCUGUGCCAGAAGCUGUUGGAGUACACGAACGAUGAGCAGCGCACUGUUCUGGUCAAGAACGCGGCUCCCUCCAUUGUUCAGAUCGCUCUGAACCAGCAUGGAACUCGCGCUCUGCAGAAGAUGAUUGAGUACAUCACCACUCCCGAACAGAUCAAUGUGAUCAUUGAGCACCUGAGCGGCCGCGUUGUCCACCUCAUCCAGGAUCUGAACGGCAACCAUGUCAUUCAGAAGUGCUUGAACCACCUCAGUGCCGCGGAUGCUCAGUUCAUCUUCGACGCGGUUGGAGAGCAUUGCAUCAUCGUGGGCACCCACCGUCACGGCUGCUGCGUUCUUCAGCGCUGUAUCGACCACGCUUCCGGGCUGCAGAAGGUCAAGCUCGUUCGCCAGAUCACUGCCAACAGCAUCACUCUGGUCCAGGAUCCUUUCGGCAACUACGUUGUUCAGUACAUCCUUGACCUGAACGAGGCUGACUUCACGCAACCUCUCUGCAUGGGCUUCCGCGGUCAGGUCGCUGCCUUGUCCAAGCAGAAGUUCAGCUCCAACGUCAUCGAGAAGUGUAUCCGCGUCGCUGACAUGAACACCAAGCGCAUGAUGAUCGAUGAGCUGCUCCACCCUGACGAGCUUGAGAAGCUUCUUCGCGACAACUUCGCCAACUACGUCGUGCAGACUGCUCUCGAGUACGCUCCUACGGACCAGACCAUCCAGCUCGUCGAAGCUAUCCGCCCAUACCUAGUCAUGAUCCGCCAGACUCCAUAUGGUCGUCGCAUCCAGAGCAAGGUUCAAGAGCGCGAGAUUGCCCUCGGAAGCCUCUCCUCGGGCCACUCUUCUGGUCAUGUUUCUCCGCACUCCGUCGCUGCCAGCCAGUCCCCGCCUGCCGCUUUCACUGGCCAGUACCGCGCUAUGUCUUCGUACAACAGCCCUCCCCCGAUGUACGCUACCGCCAGCCACGCCUAUGGAGCCAACAUCGUUUCCCCGCAGCCGCAUCGUCUGUCCAAUCCUCCUCUGCCUAGCCAUCUCCAAAAUACUGUACAUCAGGGCUACUACGGCAGCGGACAGGGAUCUUCUUCCAGUCAGCAGAGCUUCUUCUGA